AUGCAGAACCACACAGGACUAGUUGCAAGGAUACGGAUGAUCUAUGUAGAGGUGGAGAUUCCAGUCUCUGGCAAGGAAACAUGCACGAAAAACCAGAAGGUUGUGGUGGAGUCUUCAAGCAAGGAGGACAAGGAUAUCCCUCCGGAUUGGGCAGAGGGAAUGGUCUUCCACACGCCUGAGUGUGUGAAGUGUGCAGAGAGGCACAAGGGUCCUCAGGGAUCCACUUGCCAGACUGUGAUGGAUUGGCUGUGCUACAGUAAUCUGAUGAUCGUUCGCAUAGAAAACCAGUGCACAGCAUGCAUAUUCCGCCACUCUGGAUGUAGCCUGAAGGGAAUCUGGUGUAAGACUAGGGGGCAAACUGCGGAAUUGCACAGUACAACUUGGAACCUACGUUCUGUCAUCCCUCCAAUCACACGUAGUGAAGCCAGAACAGUCUGCAACCUCCACUCACAGAUGACCAAGGAGCUGAACAACCUGGAGUUGCAGCUGAUGAUGAUGAAGAACGAGUUUGAUGCAAAGAUCAUGGCUCUGAGGUGGGGUAUCAACUUCUUAGCCAUGGCAGCAGAAGCCUCUGUAGAUAGUGGGGUGGAAGAGUUAGAGUAG